GGAGCACGGACACACCUCCUGUCAGCUCACACUGACGAGAGGUGUGACUCUCUUGGGGAGGGUGUGACUUCAAACUUGUGUCCGAUCCAAAGUCAGACCUGCUUUCAGAAGCCUCUCCGCCAUCCUGUGUGAGACAUAAACCGUCAUCCAGCAACCGUCAACAUGCCUGAGACUGCAGAGUCCCACGCUGUGGCCCUGACCACCAACCGCUUCUGUGUGAUGGAGGUCACUAACCUCAGCUCGGUCUACUGUCUCUGGAAACCAAAGGUUCACAUGGAAAGUGGCUUCGCCUUCAGCCCUCCCACGCCGACCCUACGCACCAACGUGACCGAGGUGUUCUCCUUCACCAAGGACGACAACACGGCAUCAGGCGCCGUGGGCAUCUUGACCUACGAGAUGUUCAACAUGAAACAACGCUCCUGCACGGAGCUCAUGGCCGUCAUGUUCUCUGUGCCGUUCGACUACAACUUCUACAAGAACUGGCUGGGGGUGGGCAUCUUCGAUAAGUCGCAGCCCUGCGACAAGAGUCUGUUCAAGCGCAUGUACAACGACAAUCAGGACAGCUUUGUGCGCCACGAGGCCAACGGCUCUGGGGUGAAGUUUCAGGGGAAAACGGUGGAUGUGAGGGCCACCAUGUCCGAUGAGGGCAGAGCUUUUAUCAAAAUGGAGCUGUAUGACAGGAUGGGAUGAGUCUGUUUGUAAAGCUGUGAGAUUAAAAGCAAAUAAGUGGAAUAAAUCUUUUAAACACAGUCCAUGCAGAUAUUCCUGAAAACCUACAUGCAAUUUGUCUGUCAUGCACAUCAUGUAUGGAUGAUUUAACUGAAUAAAAAUCAGUCUCAUGAACCUGAA